CUGUUAUCAGUAUGUUUGAGUAUAUCUUCUGAUAUGUGAUCUGUGGUCAUGGCCUGUGACUGUGAUUCUUAUAAUGUUUUUAUUAUUUAAUAGUACCUAUUUAUCGCCUAGUACUUUAAUAAUUAUUUAUACUUAUAAUUAGUAGUAAACAGUAAACACUAUACAGUUGUGACUAGUGAUCCCGUUGCGGUUCCAAGUCCCCAGUCUUAACUGUUUAGUUAGUUUUGUCUAGGUGCUUAUUAUUUUCGAAUAUGAAAGUAAUUUCAAUGAUUUUGUCUAAAAUUUAUACAAUAAUCUUUGUUGUAACGAUUUUUAAUUUAAUUUAAAGUUCCUUUAAUUCUUAAUUUAGUUAUUCUUGGACUAAAAUGUUAUUUUUGGAAUCUCCAUACAAAGUCGAAUUUCUCUACAAUUUUUACUUAACAUUUCUAUCUGAAUCGCUGCUGUAUUUAACAAAUUUUGUUUUGUAUAUAUCAUUGUGGAUAUUUGGUUACUUGUGCUUGUGUUGUAUUGUGUAUAGAAAAUAUGCAAGAAAAUUGCCUACUCGUACUCGUGGAGCUAUUGGGGCAAAAAGAGUGCUAGUUGUAGUGGCUCAUCCAGAUGAUGAGUGUAUGUUCUUUGGACCUACUAUCUAUAGAUUAUGUGAACAGGGAGCUGAAGUUAACAUCUUGUGCUUAUCAAAUGGUAAUUAUGAAGGAAAAGGCAAUAUUCGUAAACAAGAAUUAUGGAAUGCCUGUAAGGAAUUGGGAGUUCCUGCCUGUAAUAUAUGUCUUAUCUCAGACACAAGACUACCAGACAACCCUAAGUUACAAUGGCCAGUUCCAGUUAUAGCUAAGUUAAUAGGACAUCAUAUAGAAGCAUAUAACAUUGAUACCCUUGUGAUAUUUGAUAGAGGUGGUGUCUCAUCACACCCUAAUCAUGCUGCUGUUUUUUAUGCAGUAGCUUAUAUGUUUGUUGAAAAAAAUAUGCCAGACAAAUGUACAGUAUAUACAUUAGAUACUGUAAAUAUUAUAAGGAAAUAUUUAGGAUUCCUGGACUUGCCUCUUAGUUUUUUGUUGUCUUCUAAAAGCUGUUUUAGGUAUUUUCUUCGUUGGACUGAAAGCAGAAGAGUUUUGCGGGCUAUGAAAAAACACAAAAGUCAGAUGAUUUGGUUUCGUUACUUAUAUGUAAUGUUUUCUAGAUAUAUGGUGAUAAAUACUCUUCGGAAAAUAAGCCUUGCUGACAUUGAAUUAGAAUUAGAGGUGGAUGAUUGAUUUCUGAAUACUUCUGUUAAAAAAAUAUUGUUGAAUAUUUUUCUGUACUAAUUUAUACAUUACAAUUUUAUUUUAUUUGUUCAAUCAUUACGUGCUGCACGAUUAUCAUAUUUGAUAGACAUUGAUAUAUUUAGAUAUUUAUUUAUAAGGGAUACAAAGACAUAGUUUUAAUUAUUAUAAUAGACUAUGAAUUGUAUGUUAUACAUUAUUCUUCAACCAUUCCUCUUUUUUCAUACCUAGAAUAAAUUAUUUGAAGGUGUAAAAUUAUGUUAUUUUAAACUUUCAUUUGUUUAUUAUGAUUGAGUGUGAUUAAAGAAUGAAUUUUAAAACAAUGUUUUAUUAAAGAAAGAGUGAAAAAUGAAGUAUAAUAUAAAAGGAAGCACAGAGGACUAAGGUACUAACUACUAUAAAAACUCUUUAUGUCAUAUUAUUUAUUUCAUUGGCCUUGAAUAUACUCAUAUUACAUUUUAGAACAAAUGUUAAUUAACCACAAUCAUAUUAAUAUACUUUAAUGCAGAAGAAAAUUGUAUCAUUUCAUUCAAUUUCAAAAUUGACAAUAUUAGCAUUUUAUUCUACCCAUUACAUUGCCCACUGUGUGCCCUCAGAACUAAGCAUUCUGACUUAAAAUAAUUAUUAACCCUACAAUUUGAAGAGUUCACUUAUAUACCUAGUUACUAGUUACUUCAAAAAUUCUAAGAAAACUUUGCAUAUACUAAUGUACUCUGAAUGUUCUUUUAUUUAGAAAAUAAGUAAACAAUAAGUGCUUCAAUUUAUAUAAUUAAACUUCUUAAA